AUGAAGAAGAGGCAAGUGGUGGUUAAAAGAGAUCAAGGAUCGCGGCGAAACUACAAUUCGUCGGUUAUUCGAUAUGGAGAGUGUCAAAAGAAUCAUGCGGCGAGUAUAGGAGGUUAUGCAGUAGAUGGGUGCAGAGAAUUCAUGGCGAGUGGUGCAGAAGGAACUAACAACGCGCUUAUAUGUGCAGCUUGUGGAUGCCACAGAAACUUCCAUAGAAAGGAGGUUGAAGGUGAGGUAGUUUGUGAGAGUUCUUCACCUACUUCUUGA